AGAGCCUAUGGCCAUUGAGAAGAUUGCACGCCUGUCCACUUUUUCUGAAAUAAUCCAAAGCCAAACGAUCCAAGGGCAAAUCUGUGACUGUGGAGUAGCAAGCUUCACCUUGUUGAUAAUUAAGGCCAAGACUGGAAGUGGCAAGCUGUUGCUGUAGCUAAAAACAAGUCCAGAGGCUUUGUGGCUAAAAGUAAGGCAAUCAGUGAGGUAUAAUAUUAUUAAGAGCGCGCUCGUAUUUCGCUUAUAUUUCUCUUCGGUGGAGUUGGAUUAAGGAAGAAAAAGAAUGAUGGUUGCUGAGCCUGAGGUCGAGUCAAUUGGUGCCCACUAUGGGACCAUCAAGGACAAGCUCUACUCGCAGGCCUUGACGAAAAUGGAGUUGCAAAUCCUGAAAGCGAUCCGCAAUGAUAUGGUACUAGUCCGCUACUUUGUGCUUUUGUGGAAGAGGACUAGAUAGGGACAGUCAAAAUUCAACAGUCUGGCAACCUUAGUUCGUAGAUUGGUCUAUAGUUGAUACCGCGGAAACUUCGUUCGGUACCCAUUCUCUUCAUGUUCACGCUCAGGCAUUCUGCACCUCAAUCGCAUACUGCUACUUCGCGUCAGGUUUCGCUUAUGCAGGACAGUCUUCAGAAUAUCUUCGAGCAAGGAGAAGGCAGCCGGUGGAUAUCCUUUGCUGUCCUCUUCCGCUUCAUGUACCGCAAGGGUGACUGGCUAUUUUUGACCGAGGCGGAGCUCUCGGAGGUGCUGAGUUGCACUUUAUCGCGUAUGUGUGACGAGGAAAAAGUGAGAGUUAAGUGGCAAGGAGGUCAGGUUCGCCAUUUCUGCCUAUUCGCUAUAAUUUAGGGUGCGGCUGCUUUACAAUACGGGACUACUCUGCCCACUUUUACAAUGCUUGCCUAUUCGAUCCACUUUGCAAAUUCUAUAAUAAUGCAGUCUAACACUAAAAUAUAAUGUAUAUGGCUAAGAGUAAGAUCUUCAGCAGAUUGGGAGUUUUUGGAUCAUGUAGAUUCCGCUUUGAGUGAUUAUAUGGGUCUGGUAUCCAUCUCAAUCAUCUGCUUGCUUGAUAUUGAUUUGGCCGGUUUCGCUUUAGAGUAUCACGCUGCAACGAAUGUGACUGAGCCACCUAGUAGGCUACGUAGUUCUUAUUUUGAAUGAAAAACUGGACGCGUUCACGAUGAAAAAAUGUUGAGACUUGUUCUGACCCAAACCCAAAGUAUUCGUAUUGCGGGCACCAAUGGCGAGCUUCUCCCUCACUCUGACUCUGUGCACUUGUAUGAUGGCGAAAUGUUGCUAAUGCUACUAAAGGCAGAGUGUGGCGCUUACUUGCUAAGAAGCAGUAAGAUCAUACUGGAAG